AUGAAUAGUCACUAUGCUUAUUUAUCCAUAUUAUUUGAACAUCCAAAUCAUUUACAAUAUAUUCGUCAACUCUGGAUAUAUUUAGGUGAACACAGUUCAUCUAAAACAUGUUCAAAAGCUUUAGAAUAUUUUUUUUCAAAAUUAAAACAUAAAGAACAUUAUUUAUAUUUGUAUCAUGCUAUAGCUUUAAUUAUUUAUCAAGAAUAUAUACCAAAUGAUUUAUUAGAUGAUGAAAAUGAAAAUUAUAAUCUCGAUCAAUUGUAUAUUGAUCAUUGUCAACAAGAAAAAUUAAAAUUAGAUGAUUUUGUAUAUGAUUUACAUACUCAAUCAAAACAUCAACAAGACAAAACAAAAAGAGAAGAAUUUGCUAGAGAAGGUGCACAAGUAACAAAUGAAUGUCAUCAAUUAUUAAAUAUUAAAUAUAGACAAAUGUAUCAAGAAUUUAAAAUAAUGUUAGAUCAAUAUGAAACUAAUUCAAAAAAACGAAAAACAACUGGCGUAGAGAAUAAUCGAAAGAAAAAAUUACCAAAAGUAGAAGAAAAAAUAUUCCCAAUCGACAAUGUCGAUAAUGAAAUUGAGCGUUUAGGAUAUCAGUUAUGUAUUAAAGAUGAAGAUUUUGUAUCCAAUGUCAUUAAUUUAUUACCACAUGGUCAAAAACGUACGUCAAAACAUAAAAAAGCUGUUUUUGUCGAUGUUCACUCUAUUUAUAAGGGACCUUAUCAAGCAACUGAUGUUCAGUUAUCAAGAAAUUUAUGUUUUACAAAAGCUCUAAUCGCACUUGAAAAUGAACUUGAUUUACCAAUCAAUUUUCGAAGUGUACUCGAUUGGAAAUGUAUCAUUAAAAUUGAAACUGAUAAUGUUUAUUAUUUAAACAUGAAAAAUAUUGGUAAGAGAAUAUUGAAUGUUGAUGAAGAUUGUGAGAAAGACAUAACAACAUUGGUGGAAAAAAAUGUAACGGUAAUUAAACGUGGUCAACUUGUGAAACGAUUGAGUGAAAUAGAAAAGACAAAUGAGGUUAGCGAUGAUGUAAAACAAGCGUGUAUUCAACAUUUUUAUUUGAGAUAUUUAUUAAAUGUUGGUGAUAGUGGUACUUGGAAUAUAUUGAUAAGACAAGAUGAAAAUGAUAGGAUUUGUGGCAUUGAUUUUGAAGAAUGUCGUGGACGAUUAAAUAUGGCAACGAAUGAUCCAUUUCAAUUAAUAAUGAGUAAAGUAUCAAAACGACAACGGCAAUUAUACAAAGAAUAUUUGAUUAAGAUUCAAAUUUUUAAUAAACCGAUUAGUGAGACGUUGGCAACUUUAUUAACAUCAUACAAAAUUGAUGUUAAUAGUGUCAAUGAGAGAAUAGAAAAGUAUAAAAAACUAAUAUCAGGACAAUAA